GCCUGGACCUCCAACGGCACAAGGGCGCGGACUCCACCGCAUCACUGCGCGGCGUGGCCGCCUCUCUGCUCCAGGCCGCCAGAGGGCGCGUGGUCUCUACCGCCCCUCCGCUGUGCCUGAGCCUGCCCCUUAGCAGCCAGCCGGCCUCCGUUCCCCUCCCCAGCGGCGCCUGCCCCGCCUUGCAUUCCCAAGCUCCGCCCCCGUUGCCCGUAGCGGCUGUUUGUUGACUUCCGGGAGCGCGGUUGUAGUUGAUCCCCGGAGUUUCGCCAUGCGGAACUGGGGGGCUUUCGCGGCCCGCGUCGGUGCGGAGUAGCUGCCUUAGCCCCGACCAAACCGUCCUCUACAGCCUCCUGGCCCAGGCUCAGGCUGCCCGUACCGCCCGUGGCAUGAGGGAGCCGGAAGAGCUGAUGCCCGAUUCGGGUGCUGUGUUUACAUUUGGGAAAAGUAAAUUUACUGAAAAUAAUCCCGGUAAAUUCUGGUUUAAAAAUGAUGUCCCUGUACAUGUUUCAUGUGGAGAUGAACAUUCUGCUGUUGUUACCGGAAAUAAUAAACUUUACAUGUUUGGCAGUAACAACUGGGGUCAGUUAGGAUUAGGAUCAAAGUCAGCCGUCAGCAAGCCAACAUGUGUCAAAGCUCUAAAACCUGAAAAAGUGAAAUUAGCUGCCUGUGGAAGGAACCACACCCUGGUGUCAACAGAAGGAGGCAAUGUAUAUGCAACUGGUGGAAAUAAUGAAGGACAGUUGGGGCUUGGUGACACUGAAGAAAGAAACACUUUUCAUGUAAUUAGCUUUUUUACAUCCGAGCAUAAGAUUAAACAGCUGUCUGCUGGAUCUAAUACUUCAGCUGCCCUAACUGAGGAUGGAAGACUUUUUAUGUGGGGUGACAAUUCCGAAGGGCAAAUUGGUUUAAAAAAUGUAACUAAUGUCUGUGUCCCUCAGCAAGUGACCAUUGGGAAACCUGUCUCCUGGAUCUCUUGUGGAUAUUACCAUUCAGCUUUUGUAACAACAGAUGGUGAGCUAUAUGUGUUUGGAGAACCUGAGAAUGGGAAGUUAGGUCUUCCCAGUCAGCUCCUGGGCAAUCACAGAACACCCCAGCUGGUGUCUGAAAUUCCCGAGAAGGUGAUCCAAGUAGCUUGUGGCGGAGAGCAUACUGUCGUUCUCACGGAGAAUGCUGUGUAUACCUUUGGGCUGGGACAAUUUGGUCAGCUGGGUCUUGGCACUUUUCUUUUUGAAACUUCAGAACCCAAAGUCAUUGAGAAUAUUAGGGAUCAGACAAUAAGUCAUAUUUCUUGUGGAGAAAAUCACACAGCUUUGAUAACAGAUAUCGGCCUUAUGUAUACUUUUGGAGAUGGUCGCCACGGAAAAUUAGGACUUGGACUGGAGAAUUUUACCAAUCACUUCAUUCCUACUUUGUGCUCUAAUUUUUUGAGGUUUAUAGUUAAAUUGGUUGCUUGUGGUGGAUGUCACAUGGUAGUUUUUGCUGCUCCUCAUCGUGGUGUGGCAAAAGAAAUUGAAUUCAAUGAAAUAAAUGAUACUUGCUUAUCUGUGGCGACUUUUCUGCCGUAUAGCAGUUUAACCUCAGGAAAUGUACUGCAGAGAACUCUAUCAGCACGUAUGCGGCGAAGAGAGAGGGAGAAGUCUCCAGAUUCUUUUUCUAUGAAGAGAACACUACCUCCAAUAGAAGGGACUCUUGGCCUUUCUGCUUGUUUUCCCCCCAGUUCAGUCUUUCCACGAUGUUCUGAGAGUAAACUCCAAGAGAGUGUCUUAUCUGAACAGGACCUCAUGCAGCCAGAGGAACCAGAUUAUUUGCUAGAUGAAAUGACCAAAGAAGCAGAGAUAGAUAAUUCUUCAACCGUAGAAAGCCUUGGAGAAACUACUGAUAUCUUAAACAUGACACACGUCAUGAGCCUGAAUUCCAAUGAAAAGUCAUUAAAAUUAUCACCAGUUCAGAAACAAAAGAAACAACAAACAAUUGGGGAACUGACGCAGGAUACAGCUCUUACUGAGAACGAUGAUAGUGAUGAAUAUGAAGAAGUGUCAGAAAUGAAAGAAAGGAAAGCAUGUAAACAACAUGUGUCACAAGGGAUUUUCAUGACGCAGCCAGCUACGACUAUCGAAGCAUUUUCAGAUGAGGAAGUAGGGAUCCCAGAGGAGAAGGAAGGAGCAGAGGAUUCAAAAGGAAAUGGAAUAGAGGAGCAAGAGGUAGAAGCAAAUGAGGAAAAUGUGAAAGUGCAUGGAGGAAGAAAGGAGGAAACAGAGAUCCUAUCAGAUGACCUUACAGACAAAGCAGAGGUGAGUGAAGGCAAGGCAAAGUCAGUGGGAGGAGCAGAGGAUGGGCCUGAAGGUAGAGGGGAUGGAACCUGUGAGGAGGGUAGUUCAGGAGCAGAACACUGGCAAGGUGAGGAGAGAGAGGAGAAGGGGGAGAAAGACAAGGGUAGAGGAGAAAUGGAGAGGCCAGGAGAGGGAGAGACGGAACUAGCAGAGAAGGAAGAAUGGGAGAAGAGGGAUGGGGAAGAGCAGGAGCAAAAGGAGAAGGAGCAAGGCCAACAGAAGGAAAGAAACCAAGAGACGGAGGAGGGAGAAGGGGAGGAGGUAGGGGAGGAGGAGCAUGGAGAAGGAGAAGAGGAGGGAGACAGAGAAGAGGAAGAAGAGAAAGAGGAGGAGAAGGAGGGAGAAGGGAAAGAGGAAGGAGAAGGGGAAGAAGUGGAGGGAGAACGUGAAAAGGAGGAAGGAGAGAGGGAAAAGGAGGAAAGAGCGGGGAAGGAGGAGAAAGGAGAGGAGGAAGGAGACCAAGGAGAGGGGGAAGAGGAGGAAACAGAAGGGGGAGGGGAGGAAAAAGAGGAGGGAGGGGAAGUAGAGGAGGGGAAAGGAGAGGGGGAAGAGGAAGAGGAGGAAGGGGAGGGGGAAGAGGAAGAAGGAGAAGGGGAGGGGGAAGAGGAGGAAGGAGAAGGGAAAGGGGAGGAGGAAGGGGAGGAAGGAGAAGGGGAGGGGGAAGAGGAGGAAGGAGAAGGGGAGGGAGAAGAGGAGGAAAGAGAAGGGGAAGGGGAGGAGGAAGGAGAGGAAGGAGAAGGGGAGGAGGAAGGAGAGGAAGGAGAAGGGGAGGGGGAAGAGGAGGAAGGAGAAGGGGAAGGGGAGGGGGAAGAGGAGGAAGCAGAAGGGGAGGGAGAAGAGGAAGGAGAAGGGGAAGGGGAGGAAGGAGAAGGGGAAGUGGAGGGAGAAGAGGAGGAAGGAGAAGGGGAGGGAGAAGAGGAGGAAGGAGAAGGGGAGGGGGAAGAGGAGGAAGGAGAGGGGGAAGAGGAAGAAGGGGAGGAAGAAGGAGAGGGAGAAGAAGAAGGGGAGGGAGAAGGGGAGGAAGAAGAGGAAGAAGGGGAGGUGGAAGGGGAGGAAGGAGAGGGGGAAAGAGAGGAAGAGGAAGGAGAGGAGGAAGGAGAAGAAAGGGAAAAGGAGGGGGAAGGAGAAGAAAACAGGAGGAACAGAGAAGAGGAGGAGGAAGAAGAGGGGAAGUACCAGGAGACAGGUGAAGAAGAGAAUGAAAGGCAGGAAAGGCAGGAUGGAGAAGAGUACAAAAAAGUGAGCAAAAUAAAAGGAUCUGUGAAAUAUGGCAAACAUAAAACAUAUCAAAAAAAGUCAACUACUAACACACAGGGAAAUGGGAAAGAGCAGAGGUCCGAAAUGCCAGUCCAGUCGAAGCAACUUUUAGAAAACGGGCCAUCAGGUUCCAAAAAGUUCUGGAAUAAUGUAUUACCACAUUAUUUGGAAUUGAAGUAACAAACCUUAAAUGUGACCCGAUUAUGGCCAGUCAGACAAUUUAAAUGCCUUGCAUAUAACAGACACUCAUUACAUGUUAUUAAAUUGAUUUUAUGUCAAUUAUUUGAUGUGUAGUAAAAAAAAGCAACUGAUGCAGCUGUGUUAAGGAGCCAAAGACAACAGGAGGCACUGGUAAAUUUUGGCCUCUCUCAAACUAAAAUUUUCGUGUAUUUCCCACCCAAAUUAUAAAACCAUAACUAGAAAAUAUUAAAAGGUCAUAUCAGAUUAUUAACAUUAUAUAUUCAUUAAAGGCAGCUUUAGGAAAUAGGAAUGUACUACAAGAAUGUUUUGUUUGUGUAUACAAAUCAUUCCAUUUUUAAAUGGCACAGAUGCUUAAGGGCUAUAAAAACUUCUAAUUUCUUAUAAAUAUGUUAGUACUUUUUUUAAGUUAGUGAUUACAGUUUACCUACUGUAUAGAAUAAUUUUCCAAUAAUGGAUGGUAUUCUAAAACUCAAUUGAGGCAUUCACAUUUUAAAGAAAGUAUUGUCUUUUACCUUUUAUGUGUUCUUUUUGCAAAAAUCUACAAAGUGACAGCUGUGUUCAGAGCUUAGAUCCCAAAAACGUGAUCUCUUUUAGUUACUAUCUGGGCAGAUGGUAGUAUAUCUAAUGAAAUGGUGAUUAAUUUAAAUGUAUAAUCUGGAAAUAUGUAAAACUUGAAGUAUUUUUGUCCAGGCAAAGCUACUCAUUGGGCCUCAGUUUCUUCAUCUCUAAAAUGGAGUGGAUGAGAUGAUGUGAUAACUGUAGUCCCUUCUAACUCUUCAUUCUCACAGAUUUCACUCUCACAGAUUCACUCUAUCGUUCUCACAGAUUCUUUCUUACAGAUUCAUUCUCACAGAUUCACUCUAUCAUUAUUGUUAUUCGUGUAAGAAACGUUUUAGGGAGAAAAAUUACACUAUAAAAUUAAUUUAGUUUUCUAUACAGUUGUUUUCUUUACUCUUGAAAAGUUAUGACAGCUUUAACGUCUCUUGUCUUCUGUAAUUUUUUAUUUCUAAACUCCUAUCAUUUCCAAGCUUUAACUGUACUUUAUCAGAGCCUUCAUUUCCAGUAUGUGUUAUGUGCCCUCAAUGUAUUCAUUGACUGUUCUGUAAUUUCAGUUUGUCUGUUCCUUGUCAGAAUGUUUCAAGUAAAAUAAAAAAUUAAAUGUAUGUAGUCAGAAAUUCUUUGUGAAAAGAUAAACUGUCUAGUAUUAGAUACUGAAUUUUAGAGAGGCUAGAUUUCCACUAGAGUAAUUUCAAUUGUCCCUUAAAAUUUUCCAUGUACAUAAUGCAGCUAAUUUAUCUGAUAGUUUAUUUGUGGCUCCUUUUUCAACUGAUUUCCUUUCAUAGUCCCUUUUAUAUCCUGGACAUGAGAGAUUUCUUAUACUUAGUUUUAUUAAGGAGGAUUUUGAUGAGAAACUUCCUGUGAAUUUUGUGUAGUUGAGUUCUUUGCACAUUUGAUUCUCUGAGUGAGAAAGAAUAUAAGGAAAAAGUCUAGAAUCGUAUGAAGUAAAGGAUUUCCUAGGAGCAAUUAUAAAUUUUGCCUUAGCUGCAAGGAUCUCUGGCAGCUUCCCCUAACUAACCAAAUGUACCGAUUUGGCAUUGCAGUGCUUUACCAAAUUCGACCACAUUCAUUAAGGGAUAGUAGAAAAGAAUUAAUACUAUGAUAAAAAUAUAUGUGCCGAACAUGAUUAUUUAAAAAGUAGAUUUAAAAUGAUUAAGAUGGAUGACACAGAAUUCAUAAAGAAAAAAACCUCCAGGGAAAUGAGAAACUCUUAAACUCAAGUUAUUAAUGUAAUAGCUAUGGGCAUUCAUCUUCUACUGAAGAGAUAAUCAGCCAGUAAUACUGAAACAACGUUCUAAAAUACGCCCAUCUCAGUAUUAAACCUGGUCUAUAUGUCCACGUUUAAAUAGCAUUUCUUCACAUUUCCCUGGCCAAAAACAUUUUGUGCUCUUUAGAAGUGGUAGUUCAUGCAAGCAUUGUCUUCUAGUGGAGAACACUGGCCUCCCUAGUCGCUUUGAGACCAAAGCCCUUCUUCUGGUUUUGUACUUUUGAGCUGUCUGAACUUGGGCUAGUCUCUUAGCUUUGCAGUCCUCAGUUUCUUCAUCUGGAAAAUUAUAGAAUGAGAAUGAGUGACCUAAGGGAUUCUAUAGGAACAGCAGUUGUUCAUUACCAGCUAGAGCUCUGUCACACCCAGAUUUUCUGCAAUUCCUUUUUCCUCAGUAAAAAAUCUUAAGUCUCGUCACCAAAGUGACCCCACAUUCAAACUAACUAGUAGUUAUACUAAAGUAAACAGUUAUCCUAAACUAAUAAGCACACACUAACUUUCUGUGCCCACUGUUGGGCGAACAUUUAUUUAAUCACAUGUGGCAGGUCUAGUACCCUCAAAAAGUUUAUGGAGAGGAGUGUAUUGUGGGUUAGGGGUGGGUUGGGGUACAAAAGACCCAGGUCUAGCCAGGCUUUCAUCGACAGAAGUGAUUUACAUGUUUGUAAAUUUUAUAUAUCUUAGGAGAAAAAAAAGGAAGCUUAAGAAUGAGACCACUUUGUCCCUCAUGAAUUAACACUUGGUUACAUAGAUUAAAAUAACUGGUUCCUUCUUUAUUGUUCCCAUCUGCUGGUUGUUCAGGCUUUUAUAGUGGUUUAUUACUGAUCAUUAUUGAGGGAAGUGUGAGUAGUAUAUAUAGAAUCCAUUGAGUUACAUUUCCUAAUGAGGACUCUGGCUGAAAAAGACUUUAAGGUAAGCUGCAAAGGAUUACCUACCACAGAAACUGCUGCUGCUGCUGCUGCUGCUGCGGAACAGCAGCAGUCAAGGUGAGUGCAACUGAAAUGUCUUCUAUUAUUUCACUAUAGAGAAACUUGCUAUACACUUACAUAGCAAAAAUAAAAUGUGACCAUGGAAGAAGGAAAGGCCAAGCUUUUCUUGUUUCUGACCUGGAGAACUGAGUAGAAAGAGUGCUAUUCAGCAAGAUCGAGAAUAAGGGAGCAGAAGCAGGUUUGGGAGACAGUUUUUUACUGUUGAUUUUAGAUUGUCUGUAGGAGAUGUUCAGGAGGCAGAUACAUGUAUGGAUCUGGAGCUCACGGAGAUAGCUGAGUAUCGCCAGCUUAUAGAUGUAGUUAAAACUGGAUUUGACUGAAAGGAAGUGUUCCUAGUGUGAAUGGAGGAGAGUUGAAGACAGAAUUCAGAGAAAUGUCAGUAGGUAAGGGAGAGGUUGAGAAAGUGAAGUCUGAGGAGGUGUGGGAGCAUACUUACUAGGAAAGAGAGAUACCACCCAAGCCAAAGAAGGGGUUUCAGAGAGGAAGGAGUGGUAGUAGCUGCAGAGAGAGCUUCUAGGAGUCAGCCUAGUAGAGGGGCAGGGGCAGAACCCACAUUGCCAGGAAAGAAUGAGCUCCAGGAAAUCUGCUCUGCAGAGGAAUAGAAUCAGAACUGUGAAAAUUAAAUAUCAGAUAUAGAUAUUUAAUUUUUAAAAUAUUUAAUUUUUUAAGCAUAUUUCUCAAUUUAGGAAAGGAGAUGUGUACUCCAGAGACUUUGGUUCUCUGGGGAAAAGAUGAUAAAUUUUGUUCAUAAUUAAUAUAUACAUAAGAAUAGAGUGUUAUUGAUGUGAGCUUAUGAACCAAAAGAAAAAUCUGCAGUGCUUUAAACAUUAGUGAGGCAGAGAAAAAAAACAUCUGUGAGAACAGCCAUUAUUAUCCUCAAAUUAAAUGGGCAGGUUUGGAAACAAACAUGGGCUCCAAAGUCCAGUAGAACUGAGUUAAAAUCCCAGCCCUCCACUGAUUAGCUCUGUGGACACCUAGAAAAGUGGUGGUGGUGGUGGUGGUGGUGGUGGUUGUUAUUUGACCUUUCUGAGUCUUAUUUCCCUCAUUUGAUAAAGGAAGGGACUUUUGAUGAUUAAAUUACCUAACAUGAAACAUAGGCACUCAGCAAAUGGUAACCUGUAUCAUUCUAAUUAUACUCUGUGAUCACACCAAGGUAGGUGCAAAGCUACACUCAUGAAUCUCCAGGUCACUGACUGAUGUGCGUGAGUUUAGUCCUGUGAACCUGACUUUUGUUUAAAUGUAACAUAAUAGCAAAAUAUAAAUUGGCUAAUAGAAAUAGAUCUGUGGGAAUAAAGUAGAUUGCAAUAAUGAUCAUGCUUAAGUAUAAGGUGGAGUGAAACUAUUACACACCAUACAUUAGUCAAUAAAUGCCCCUAAAUAUUUAAAGUGUGUUGAAACACUGAUCACACUCGUGUGGUUAGCCUAAAAUUUAGGUGUAUUUUCUGUCACUGAACACUUCCCUCUGUGUCCUAACCUUGUUAUCAAAAUAAAUAAAAAUAAUUAGCACAUAAGGUAUAGUCGUGGAUCAUGCAUUUGUUUAUGGACAACAAGAAAAUCUUCUAAGGAAAAAGAGAAAUAGUAAAGAAUAAAUCUGAAAAUGAGAAUAAAAAUGCUCGCCAGCAAGAUACUCUGAACAUUUAUUUGUGUAGGCCUGCCUAUCAGAGUCAAAACUGGAAUGUAUUCAGUGGUGAGAAUACAGGAUUAGGAAUGACAUAAGGGAGUGGUGCCUAGAAAGAAGGAAGAGUUUAAGAGAUUAUAAAGUAGUAUUAUCACCCAAGAAUUUGGAGAUCACAACUGGCAGCCCAUGGGUGCAAUCUGGCCUGCAGACUUAUUUUGUUUGGUGCAGUUAUUAUUAUUAUUUUUAAUCAUAUUGGUUGCCAACAUUGAAAUGUCAGGAGAUUUUACAUUUAAAAAAUGUUUCUCAGCCAGGCAUGGUGGCUCACACUUGUAAUCCCAGAACUUUGGGAGGCUGAGGCCGGAGGAUUGCUUGAGGCCAGGAGUUCAAGACCAGCCUGGGCAAGAUGAUAAAAACCUGUCUCUAUAAAAAAAUUGAAACAUUAGUUAGGCAUGGUGGCGUGCGCCCUGUAGUCCCAGCUACUCAGGAGGCUGAGGUGGGAAGAUCGCUUGAGCCCCGAAGGUCAAGGCUGUAGUGAGCUGUGAUUGUGCCACUGCACUCUAGCUUGAGUGACAGAGUGAGGCCCUGUCUCAAAUAAUAAUAAUGUUUCUUGGACUUUUGGAAAGCCUGGGUCUGGGAGCAUCACACUCUGUGGCAACAUUGACCUGAAGCUGAGCUGAGGCUGGCACCCCUCUCCCCAGUUCCCAUGUCUCCUUCCCUCACUGGCCUAGAUGCUAGGCUCCUGGCUCACAAUGAAAGGAUGUAUAGAGGACACAAAAAUAAGUGGACGUUUUAAAUGAACUACUUUCCAGUGAUAAGAUCUGGGACAUUAUGGGAAAAAAAUGUCCAAACUUACUGUUUUUCGACAGUCCUCAAUGCACACUAAGAAUUCUAUCUUACUUGUUAUGGAGGGGCCUCUACAAAAUUAUUUAUACUUAUAUGCAAAUAUAUAGUAUUUGCUCAUAUGUUAUUUUUCUCUGUAAAUAAUCUUUUUAAUCUUUACACAAACCCUCUGAGGUAGGUAUUGCUAAUGUUAUUUUUCCAUUUUACAGGUAGACUAUAAAAUACAUUCACUGGGUACCAUGCUCAGGCCAUGAGUGAUUAGAUUAAGGCUUGGAAAGCAGUGCUUAGGGCUUUGUAUUUAAUGCCCUUCCCACCCCAUACUGCUGCUUCCAUGAUUUUCAGUGUAGUUAAAACAUGAACUUAUAUGUUAACUUUUCCUGUCCUAAAAAAAAAAAAAAAAAAAAAAAAAAACUUGAAAUUUUGAUUUUUCUACCUGAUAUAACUUAAAUACAAAGUUUUAUGCUAUAUUAACCUAUCUGGGAAACAUUUUCUACCCUAUAUGACAUUGAAGCAUGUCAGAAAUUCUGAAUUAUAGCACAAAAUUUUAUACUUUAUAGUUCUGGUUUGUUUUAUUACUUUUAAAAAACUGUAAUACCCACAGACAAAAGUGCCUAUCUCAUACAUGUGUUGCUCAAUAUAUUUUUCACAAAGUGAAUACACCCAUCACAAACUGAUCAGCAUCCAAAUCAAGGAAAAACACAGUACCAGCUCCCUCAGAAGCUUCACUUUAACCCCUUUCAGUCAUUUCCCACUCCCAGCCUCACCCCCCAGCCCCCAUCCCAGCAAUCUCUCCUUCUUAAAGCAUGCAAUGUAAUUGUGUUCUUAAGUAAACGGAAACCUCAGUAGGAACCUUUGCUCUCUUGAUCUGUUCCUUAAGAAAUAUGAAAAGUGUUGCCUUGGGCCAGACCAGAGUCUGCACCUGACUGUGCCAUGCCUGACCAAUGAAACAAAGGGUCCUUUUGUGAGAGGUCAGGCCCAUUCACUUCUUUACCGUGAUCCUAAUGCAAGACACAGACAUAUACUGACCAUUUCAGACUACCUGUUUACAUCUUCUUAUAUGGUUCUAGUGCCAAGAAUGUACUUAAACUUUACCCUUUCUUUUUGUAAAAUGACAGUAUUCUGCCAGUCACUUCCAAAUUGUUUCAGUUUAAAAGGUAAGUGCUUUCUGUGACUUCAAGUAGUCGUCCAGAUGUGUUUAGAAUAAUUUUAAAUGUGCUUAGUCUGUGAGUGCUAUGAUGUGAUUUCUAGUGAAAAUGUCAUUUUCUAAUAGCUUUCUCAAAUUUAGAAAAUGAUAUAGUUCCAAAAGUUCUUCAUUGUUAUAGAUUGCUUAAAGUUAAUGAGUAAAAUUGUAGUUUUUUAUGAGUGCUUUACUUAUUUCUAAAAUAAGGUAAAACUCCCACGUGUCUUUUUACAAUAGCAUGAUAUUAUCCUGUGGUUACAUGAAUACCUCAGUUAACAAGCCCAGUUGGAGUUGACCCAGGUGCUAGGUUAGCCAAGCUUCCCAAGUAAUUGAGGAUUAUGCUGGGAACACAGUUUACUGAUCCCUCCCUCUGUGAAAAGAGGGGCAUAGUCUGAAAUUCCUUGUCUCAGGAGCACUGUUCUUUUUAGUUAACCUUUUAUUUAUGUAUAUUUAUGCAGACAACUAUCAGUCAUAAGUCUUAAAUCUAGUAAUCUUCCCAUUCCCUUUCAAAGUGAAGUUGUUUCUGAUAAUUUUAGCUACCCAUAAUGUAUACGUGGCUAGGCAUGAUACACAGUAUAAGUCACUCAAAAGGGGAAAUCAGGCUGGGCGUGGUGGCUCACGCCUGUAAUCCUAGCACUUUGGGAGGCCGAGGCGGGAGGAUCACCUGAAGUCAGGAGUUUGAGACCAGCCUGGCCAACAUGGCGAAACCCCGUCUUUACUAAAAGUACAAAAAUUAGCUGGGUGUGGUGGUGGAUGCCUGUAAUCCCAGCUACUCGGGAGGCUGAGGCAGGAGAGUCGCUUCAACCCGGGAGGUGGAGGUUGCAGUGAGCCAAGAUUGUGCCACUGCACUCCAGCCUGGGUGACAGAGUGAGACCCUGUCUCAAACAAAAGCAAAAAACAGUUGGUUGGAAUCAUGCAGACAAAAACAAAGCUUAAAAGUAAAUGAUAACUACCUCAUGUUAACCCUACCCAGUCUAAUCAAUCAUCAUUUGAAAUAGCUGUCUGCCCUGGUACCAUGUUCCUUUCUCCCACAUUCCUCUCUUGCAUACAUUGCCUCAUGACCUUGGAUUAACCUAAAUCUAGUUCUUCCUGAGUAACUUCUGAAACUCUUUUUAAAAUCUCAAAGCUUUAUUUACUUAGGGCUUCCUGUCCUCAGUGGGAAUGCUAUUAGGCCACGCCUUUGCAAUUGGCCUGAGGAUGACACUAAUAAUGUUUACUACUAAGGUGUACUGUAUAAACAUCCUCUUCCUAGCCUGGACUCUUGCAUUUUAUAUUUUUACCAGAAGAAAGGUGAGUUAAAUUUUAGAGGCAUUGUUUUCCAACCACCUACUAAAGAUUCUGUUGAGUAUCAAUCAGGCUUUAUCCUUAGCCAAACAGCCACUAGAAAGCUGACCAUCAAAAGCUAAUUACGGUGUUGAAGGGGAUAUGGUCUGAAGCAAAUAUUGCCAAGGUGAACUUUGUACAAAUGUUAUUUGAAGGAGUAAAUGGCACUGAUAACUGCUUCACAUAUUUUAGAAGCAGUUAUAAUAAACUUAAUUAUAAUAAGCUAUAAAUAAAGUUGUAAUUUUAGUGAAGUGUGUAAAUGAAAAGUAUGGGGGGGAAAUCUAAUGAGAAACCUAAUAUCUUAAUGACAAUCAGAGUAUUUCACCCAAAAUUAGAAAGUUAAAAAAAAAAAAAAAGAAAUCUCAGUGUAGAAUAAAGGCUAAAACUAAUAUUUUCUGCCUAUACUUAAUAAGCAUUCCAUGAUUUACUAUCAGUCUAUCAAAUCCAUAGACAGCCUCUUUUAUCGUUUGGAUUAGCUGGCCAGUAGCCAGAUAGAACAAGUUCUGCCUCUGUUUGGUUUUCCUUCUGCUUUUAAUAACCAUGAGCAAACCAUUUAAACUGUCUAUGUUCUUUUAUCUUUUUUCCUGGAAUGUAAAUAAUUAUACUUAUCUUCCUCAUGACUAUCAGUGAAUCGUACUUCUGAAGUGAUUCUAAAUCCCUAUAUUUUGGAAAAUGAACAUAAUAUAUAGAUAUGAUUAUGUUAUAAUGCUACAGUAGACAGAAAGCUUUUUAAACUUUUCUCAAGGUUGAAAGCAUUGUGAGACAACCAAGAAAGAGUAUUUAUUUUUUUUUCCAUUGUAACCUUGCCAUGGGUGCUAGUAAGAAUUUUGGAAAUCCUAGUCAUUGAAAUAAAGUGGCAUGCGUAAAAUCCUUGUUAAUGUAGUAACUUGAUAUUCAGCAUGGACUAUGCAGUAUUUUAUUCUUUGACUUCAAUAUUUGAAUUAAUAUUUUCAUGGUUUUUUUAGAUGACACAAAUUAUUUAUGACAGCAAUAUCAAAUCCCUCGUUUUUUAACAAGAAAAUCUUACUCUUCUCUGAUGGUCAAUU